AUGCCGUUCUACCAAGUCUUCCACUCUAUCGACCUCUCUCCUUCCCAGAAGGACUCUCUUGCCCGGAUCAUCACGGAUGCUCACACCGCCGCGACAGGAGCCCUCAGACUGUUUGUUAAUGUCGAGUUCUAUCAUAACACCAACCCUUUCCAAUACAUUGGUGGCCUACGCCGCCCUAACAACAAACUGAUCGGCUGGGUUCGGCCGCGUGGCGAGGCUGGCGAGCACCUGAUGAAAGAAGUCGCUAAAGAGAUACAAGAGGGCUGGGAUAACACUGUUGGUUCUGUAGGCGAAAAGGAGCUUUCGGCUCUAUGGAUUAACGACACUAUGCUGACUGGGGUUAAGUUUGGUGCCAUUUUGCCACGGGCCUUUGAGGACCAAGCUUGGUUCGAAGAACAUAAGGCUGAAUUCCAGGAAAGGGCCAGAAAGGGCGACGAACUCUUCAGCGAGGCUAUCCAGGGCAACAUCAUCAAUAGAUCUUCAUAG